AUGAUGAAGUUCAAAGUGGAUGAGAACGAACAGACGAUAAUGAGUCAAUCAGUUUUUGAGCGUGAUAGUACAGAUGCUGCUGAUGAUGCAGUUAUUAGAGAGUCAAUAAACAAUCCCGGUACUGAGAGACAGCAAGAGCCUUUACCGAAUAGAGAGGAGGCUGACAAUAUAGUUGAGCCAGAAGAAGUCAGCUACGGGAAACUGAUGCUGCAAAGAAAAAGAGCAAUGAAAUAUAAGACUGUAAUAAAGGUGACUAGCCUUGAGAGAGUAGGUUCAGUUACCAAUAGGAGGACUAAUCCGACGUUGAUUUUUUAUUGUUCUACCAACCUGCCAAUUUUCAGAAAGCAACACUAUAAAAAUGUAAAAAAAUCAUAUAAUGAGUUCAAACAGUUGUCUAAAUUUCUUAGUACGUCACUUAUGGAGACAUUUGUGCCGACUUUACCUCUGCCAUAUACGAGUUACGGUAUCAAUAACAAUGAAGAUUAUGAUAAAGUUGUAUUUAACUACCAAGAAUGGUUUAAUAGGGUUAUAAAUGAUCCUAUAAUUAUGACAUGUGAAGAGUUUGCCUUUUUUAUCGAAAGUGAUUUUAAUACGUAUACGCCAAUAAGUAAACCUAAAAGUAGCAAAAUCACUGGGUUGAAAAGGAAAACUUUAAAGCAAUUGGCACCACCUUAUGAUGCUAAUAUAGAAUUGGCUGAAUUUAGACCUAUGAUCAAAUCCAUAUAUCUCAAUUUGAAGAAUAUCCAAGAUAAAUUGGUCAAAACAAGUAAACUCAAGAGAGCUAUGGUUAGAGAGCAAAAUAAUUACGGGGAUAUCUUUACCAAUACUGAUUAUGACAAUGGUAAUGAAAAUUCUUUAUAUAAACGAUACGGUAAAGUGCUAAUCACAGUGGGUGAUAUCGAAAGUAUCAUAUCAACGAUGGACCUGGCGACACUUUACGAUGGAUUUGAAUGGAUUAUCAACGACGCAUACAGUGUAAAAGAAACUUUAACGAAUAGACAUUUUUUAAUGAGGGAUUUGAUUCAGGCACAACAGAAUUCUAAACAAAAGCAGGAAAAUGUGAAAAAAUUGAGAUCAAGAAGAGAUUUAAAUCCUCUGAAAAUUGACGAAUCGUUGAAAGAGUUCAAAGAAAUUAUAAAAUACGAGGAAUCGUUAACUUUAAAGUUACAAAGAACAACUGAGAAUAUGAUCAUUGAAAGAAAUAGCUGGAUCAAUUGGUAUGAAAAAUGGUUACUUAAUUCCAUUAAGGAAUAUACUAUUAGGAAGAUAGAAUAUGAACGUAAGAAAUUAGCUGUCCUGGAGAGAUUACGUUAUGAUGUCAGAAAAGCGGACAACAAGGGUGGGUUAUCAAGGUUAGGUCGGCUGUAUGACGACAAGGAUGGACGUAUAGAAAGCUCGCAAACUGUACAAGGAGACAGCUGGACCGGAGAGAAUAGAGUACACACUGUGGAAGAAGUGGAUCGUUUUAAGACGACAGAAUUUGAUCCUGUGCUUGAUUGUAAUGCAGGAAAGGAUUCUACAAACGUCCAAAAAGCGAAUGUCAUUGAUGAAAAAGUUGCGGCCAACUUUUUGGGAAUGUCCACCUUUUGA